ACGUGCGGUUUGAGACAGACCUGGGCGGACAAUUUACGGUUUUACCUGCCACUAUUUCCUUAGGACUCAAUAUACUCAACCUUUGUAGCUGGUAUCCAGCAGCUGAGAGUAAGAAUUGGGGGACGCUGAAGUAGUGGUUAUUGCUCGUACAGGAAAAAACCCAGUCCAGAGUAAGGACUGAUGCAACACCAUGGAAUCAAGAGAAAUCCAUACUGAAGUAACUCGACGAUUUGAAAAUUUGCUGCAGCAGGUUACUUCUGGAACAGAUAUUGUAGCUAUUGACAGGCAGUUGGAGUGUUUAUGUAGGGACCUUAUAUAUGAGUACAGGAGGCACAUAAUUGUCUCGGAGGAUAUCAUCGAGAUAUGCCUCAAGGCAUAUUCUUUAGCUCGACAACAAAUUUCAACAGGAUCUGAUGAAAACAUCCAGAGUUUUCAGGCUGUCGAAGAGCAAAAUACUGGAAUGAGGGGUCGUCCUAGAUUCAUAAUAGGAAAGGAGCAACUGGAAUCUUUAUUAGGAAAUAGAUUUACAGUUCCAGAAAUUGCAAAACUGUAUCAGGUAUCACCUCGCACAAUAUCAUAUCGUAUGAAUCAAUUCAACUUGUCAGUCCGAAACCAGUACACAGACAUUCAAGAUGACCUGCUUCAAUCAGAAAUAUCACGGAUCAUUUCGCUUUUUCCAAAUGCAGGUGAGAGAACAAUUGAAGGUCAUCUUAACUCUCAAAAUAUAUUUGUCCAAAGGAGACGUGUUCGUAUAAUCAUACAGCAGCUAGAUCCAAACAGAUGUCAGUUACGUAGGUUAUCUUCAAUUCGACGACGUCAGUACUCGGUUCCAUCGCCCCUGGCCCUCUGGCAUAUAGAUGGUAAUCAUAAGUUAAUAAGAUGGCGCUUUGUAGUGCACGCAGGAAUUGAUGGAUAUAGUCGGUUAAUAGUCUACCUUAAAGCAAGUCCCAAUAACCGUUCAUCAACAGUCCUUAAAGCCUUUGAAGAAGCUGUUGGUAAAUGGGGUCUGCCGUCUCGGGUCAGGGCCGACCUUGGAGUUGAGAAUCGGGAUGUGGCCUCCUACAUGUUAAUACACAGAGGCACUGGACGGAGGAGUUUUAUCACCGGCAAAAGCGUACACAACUCAAGGAUCGAGCGGUUAUGGCGAGAUGUCUUCGAAGGUGUGCUUAAUUCUUUCUAUCAACUAUUCCAUCAUCUUGAGGAUAUAAAUGUUCUAGAUCCUUCCAGUGAUGCAGAUAUAUAUGUCCUGCAUAUUGUCUACCUUGGAAAACUGAACAGCAUGCUCACAGAGUUUAGUGAAAUGUGGAACCGGCACAAGAUAAGAACUGCACAAAAUAAGAGUCCACUGCAACUGUUCAUAAUGGGUAUGCACAGGGUUGCACAGGCCGACAAUAUGGUGGCUUCAGAAUAUUUCCAACAGUCAGUCCCUCAAGAGUUUGGUGAGGACCCCAACAGUCCACUGGAUCCCGAAAUAGAUGAAGCGGUGGUUAUCCCUAACAUAACCCCACCAUUUGAAAAUGAGGAACAAGAAAGACUCUUUGAAGCAAAAAGAGAGGAAGUUUAUGAACAAUGUCACACAGAUAAUAUGUGGAAUCCAAAUUACUAUAUUUUACUAAGAGAAGAACUACAUAAAAUACUUUCUACUGAGUGAUUUUCAGACAAGAUUGAAUAAACAUGUUAAAAUCAGAAUUCAGAAUUUCCAAUAAAAAUUGGUAUUUAAGAAAAGCAGAAAAUAAUGCACAAAAUAGGCUGUCAAUUCUGAUGCAAAAGGACAUUAUGCUUAACUGCAAAUUUAACAUCAAAUUAUGCUCAAGAGGUAAUUCCGAUGGAAGUAAAAUGUGUAACA